AAUAUGUAAGACGCACGUACUUACUGGCUGGCUGCAUAUAUUUUUAUUUGAUAAAAAAAGUGUAAAAUCAUAUUGUUGCUAAUGUUAUAGUUCCUUAGCGUCGCGGUGAGUAAUAGCACAUUGAUAAACGAUAUCACCACGCAAUAAGUGCGACACCAAACAGCUGUAAACUGAGGAGGAUUUAGUGAAUUGAUUCACGAUUUGACAUUGAAAAACAAAUGCCAUGCUGUUGGGGUGGUUGUGGUGGAAGAAGUAGAGCGACGAAGGGCAAGGAUAAAGCACAACAACGGUCGAUCGAAAGGAGAGCAUAGAAAUUGCGAAAAGAAUCACAAGAUGCCCUGCGAGAGCUGUGGCGUUGAAUUCACGGUAUUUCGCCGCAAACGCAGCUGCUUCGAUUGCAGGCGAUAUUACUGCAACAACUGUUUGACUGUGACGACAACACGACGCUGCCAACGAUGUGCAAUAUUUGCUCAGCGGCCGCUGCUGCGAACCGAUCUGCUGAAACUGAAGCCAAAAGAUUUGAUAUUCUAUUUGCAAUCCAAACACAUUUCCACUGAAGGCUGCCUGGAGAAGGAGGAGCUGGUCGGUCUGGUGUUGGCGCAUGUCGCACAAACGGAUCGUGCUGGACGAGCGCCGCCCAAUCAUAGUCCGGGGCGUGGCCAAGCCAAUCCCAUGGACAGUCUGAAGCAAACGUGCCAAAAUUUCUUCACCAAUCUGAGUGACAAUAUCAGUGAUUCCUUUGCCUCCUUCGACACAAAGUCCAGUGCGAAAUCCACAGCGAACAACAGUCGCGCCAACAGUCGGCAUGCCUCCCACGACAAUGGUGACUAUGCGCCGUCGGCUCCACCACCGCCGCCCACGCACAUUUUUGAGCAGCCACGCGUCUCAACUCGUGAGUUGCCAACGUAUGCAAGUGCAGCGAACGCACGAACGCAAGCGACGGCAACACGAAGCAGCUCGGUGGAGACGGCGCACGUUCAUGUGAGUCCAUCGACCUCAUCGACGCGCACAACAACGUCGCCGACGGCAACGGAGGAGCGUCGAUCGGCGCCGGUGCCCGCCGCAUUGCCAGUUAGGUCAAUUAACAAUAAUAGUGCUGCCCAUGCCGCCGAUGAUUCCGAGUGCGAGUGCUCCGAUGAUGAGAUUAUGCAAACGUUCAGCGAGCGUGCAUCGAAUAAGAACAGCGAGAACAGCAGUCGUCCAUUGGACACAGAUGCCGAUAUGACGACGGGUGGCUCUGCAGGAUUAGGUGCCACAAUAGCGGCUGCAACGCCUGCCACAACGAACACCAGUCCGGUUUACUCCAAGCAGGGCUCGCUUAGCUCCAAAGUCGAUGCAUGUGGUGCGGAGUCUUCGCAGUCCAGCUUCGAGGAACUGGGCGCCAUUGGGGGCAUCUCGGACGAGAGCAAGGCAGCAACGGAUACGAACAGCAGCAACUUGGAUCAAUGGCAGCUACUUGAGCAAAUUGCUCCCAAUGGCAGCAAUCAACUGCCACAGGCUCCCGAUGCAGCUGUAGCUGCUGCCGAUGCUGCUGCAGCCACCGAGGAGAUUCUGGAGGUGACGCUGCGCAAUGAGCCGGGGGAGACACCAAAUAUUGAGCAGCGUACAGUCACGACGAUGCCACCGCAGUUGCCACAGCGCGUGAAAAAGGUAACCAGGCGACGUUCGGAGGGUUAUCUGAAUCGACGACAUCAUUCGAGCGAUGAUGAAUCACCCGUGGGGUCCAAUGCUCCAGUGCUGAGCACAUUGAGUGAGCAACCGGAACCAGGUCCUGCCUCCGGCAGUUGUUCGCGUUGUGGCAAGAAUAAGACCAAUAUACGCAGGCAUGUGGAGAAGAUGCGACGCCAUCUGGAGAACUCACAAAUGUCCGAGGAGGAUAUCAAGCGGGAGCUGAAAGAGUUUCUCACGUAUCUGGAGCAGCGCACCAAGUCCUUGGAUUGCUCCGAGGCCGAUAGUCAUGUCGUUUCACCGCUGAGCGGAGCCGAAGCGGGCAGCAUUGCUGCUGGUGGUCGAGGCUCUGGAAUGCCCAUCACACCGACCAUUGAGUUCUCACCGACGCAGGACGACGAUGGACCUUGGGACGAUGAUGAAGGCAUUCAUGUGUAUGCCGCGCCACUUGGCUAUGAGCCAGCCAAUGGCAUUGAUUCACGCUUCGUAAACUUGGAAGACUUUGAGGACCUAAAAGACUUGGAAAACUUAACGGUAAAACAAUUAAAGGAAGUACUGAUGUUGCAUCGUGUUGACUUCAAAGGAUGCUGCGAGAAGCACGAGCUGCUCGAUCGCGUCGAAAGGCUGUGGAAAACAAUGCGCACUGCUCCAGCUGUUGAGAAACUUGCCACUGAUGAGCUGUGUAAGAUAUGCAUGGAUGCUCCGAUUGAAUGCGUGUUCUUGGAAUGCGGACAUAUGGCGACAUGCACCAACUGUGGAAAAGUGCUACCCGAGUGCCCGAUUUGCCGACAAUACAUUGUACGAGUUGUAAGAUUCUUUAGGGCGUAAAUUGUAAAUGGCAGCCCCAUUAGUUUUGCUUAUUGGUUUUAGGAAUAGGUAUACUAUAUACAUACACAUCUAUCUAUAUACAGACAGGCAGAUAUAUACUAAGAUUUGUGUAUAUAGCUGGUCAAGUGAUUGCUAUUCUGUGCACGUACAUACAUUUUAUGUAUCGAAGAUAAUGCAAAAUUUAAUGCACAGAUACGGUUUGGAUUGUGUGCUAUUUAUAUAUUGUGUCGUUAAUGAGUCUUAUAUACAUAUAUUGAACGCAGCAGUAACUCUCCGAUGAUAAUAAUACAUUAUUAUUGUUUCCUUAUUACUAUAUACAGACAAUUGUGUUUAAAGAGAAAAGCCAGCUAGUAGUAAGCGAUACAACUUGAAAAGUGUGUCUUUACUAUGUAAUUUGUGAAUUAGUUUUGCUAUUUAUUAUUUUUAUUCUUCCUGUUGUUUCGAGUGUGGAAUGAACGUGUCGUAGUCUUAGAUAAGCUAACAUUCCUAUGAAUUGUAAAUGACGGAAUCUAAUAUUAAAUUACUGUUGUAAAAUCUCGUCUAGACACGCAUUUACAUCAAUAA